CUUUAAGCGACUUCAAGGGGCAAUCUGCUUCAUCCAACCAGCCAUUUCCAGCUGUUGAACAUGCCAGUAUUUGUAGGAAAAUUGACAGGAGUGCUUUCUUGCCUCGGGCUCUCCGUAACUGGCGUUGUGCCCAAAUUGCGGAGUCCGUUGACAAGAACAAUAGCAUCGGGAUCAAAUCUUCCCCCCCGACAGUUCUUGACCUCAGGCUUUGUGACCAUUGACUCUGCGGAGAAGAUUGAAGAAGAGGAGCUGCCAUCAUAUGUUGCAGAGAAAUACUAUCCUGUGGCCAUUGGCGAGAUUCUUGCAGCGAGGUACCAGGUUGUUUCGAAGCUUGGCUAUGGAAUGUCUUCUACCACCUGGCUUUGCCGUGACCUUGAUGGCCAUGGGUUCAAUACGUUGAAAAUCUGUGUCCGUGACCAGCGACCAGUUCGUGAGCUUGCAGUCUCGGAUCACCUUAGAAAUGCCAGCGAUGAUCACUUUGGCAAGCGAUUAGUUCGUCUUAUCCUUGAUUCAUUCGAAAUCUCCGGCCCUGAUGGAAACCACACUUGCUUGGUCUACCGACCUCUUGGAAUGAGUUUUACUGAAUUCCAGAGCCUAUGUCCUGACAAUAAGCUACCAGUGGAUAUGCUUCGAAAGGGUGUCCAGCUCGUUCUUAUAGCCUUGGCUUUUAUACACGAGAAUGAUGUCGUGCAUACCGACAUUUCGGCAAACAAUAUCCUUCAAGGAAUCGAAGACACUUCGGUUCUCCGCCAGAUCGAAGAAGAUGAAUUGGCGAGGCCAAUUGCUAGAAAGAUCCUGAAUGAUCGCCAGAUUUACUUUUCUCGGCCAGUACCUGUCAGCGCGGGAUUACCCGUGCUUUCUGACUUUGGAGAAGCUAGAGUUAGCAAAUCCAACCAAAGAGGCGAUAUAAUGCCAGGUAUUUAUCGGGCUCCAGAGGUCAUUCUGGAUAUGGAAUGGGAUAACAAGGUGGAUAUUUGGUCAAUAGGUGUCAUGGCCUGGGAUAUGGCCACAGGCGGUCAUCUUUUUCUCGCAAAGAAAGGAGGCACUCUUAAUGAUGAACAACAUCUGGCGGAAAUGGUAUCACUCAUGGGACCUCCACCUCCCGAGUUUCUGCAGAGAAGUGUUAAAUCUCUCCGGUAUUGGGAUAGCGAAGGGAAUUGGAAAGGCUCUGUGCCCAUACCGGAACAAUCAUUGGAAAGUCGAGCAGAGCAGUAUCAUGGCGACGAUAAAGAGCUUUUUCUAAGCUUCCUGCGACGAGUGCUAUGCUGGGUACCUGAGGCGCGACCUUCUGCCGAAGAACUGGCCUAUGACGACUUUUUGAUGCAGCCAGUCCGGACAGAUUCUCUUGAUUAAUUGCGUUUGUCUGUUGGGGAUUGUCAAGCUGGAGGUUGUCAACAACAGGCAAGUGCCAGGUUGAGGUCAGGUGACAGUAUCAUCCUCAAAGCAGUUUAGUGGUCAUUCUGUAUUAGGAAGUGUAGGCGAAAAGUGGGGUCAGGAACAGGAAUCCAGAAUAGGACUAGUCAGGACAAUAUUAUGACUAAGCAGUAUGCCUCAGGCACAAGAGGAUUUUUAUUGGGCUUCAAUUCUUUUCCACAGCCAGAAUCCAUCAAAUGCCGGCGGUAGUGGCGUUACCUUGCAGUUAAACAUACGGAG